GCAAUGUGUUGGUGUGGUCGAAGUUACUCAUGUAGUUACCUCGCUGCUCACUGGAGUUGAACAAAGAAAAAUAAAGAUAGUCAAUGCUUUCGGUUUUUACGGAUGCUUUUCAUUCAUUUGACGGAGGAGGACACGGCGUGUUUGGAUACAAUGAAACAGUGUGUGCUGGCUCAAGACAAUGCACGAUACUACGGAGUAUGGUAGGGACCUUAAGCCAACCAGGGGCUCUUCAUUUAAAUAUAUGUGAGAAAACAUUGAAAGGUUGGUUUUUACGUUACACAGCUUCAAAUUCGGGUUUUGAUCCGUGUGUUCUUGAAGGAUGCUAUGUAUGAUUAUGGGUAUGGAGCAGCCAUCUCCUAUAGAACGCCUCUACGUCUUGAGCCCAGUCGUCGGUAGUAGCCUGAUGCUUUAUUACAAAAUGUUCAAUUAUCAUUUUGUAUUAACGAUUGUCUAGUUUACGUUUUAGCAUGUCAUUGGUGUACGUGAAUUAAAUGAAUGGCUAAUUACGGGCUUCUUAAAUACCUACUGUUGCUUAAUGUCGCGGUGUCUCUUGGUAUGUGUAGGACAUACAUGAUUUUUCAGAAAAAUGUUGGGUUGAAACAUACAUUUUGCAAACAUUGUGACACUAUAAUAUUCAGCGCAGUGUAUAAUAUGUACUGCAGUAGCCUAUGUACACAGCUCGAAUUAUUUUUCAAUUGAUCAGUAGAUAAACAGUAGCAGUUAUCUUGAGGCGUUUAGCCUGGAGUAUUUCCACUACAGAGACAUAUACAGUGUGCUGCUUUAAGGGUUGAAGACAGCCAUUAAUGUAAUUUGUAGUGAGAUGAUAAACAGAGUGAUGUGUGUUUCUGCUUGAACAGAUAGUCAGAUUUGUCAAACGCCUCAGUGACUUUUGAAUGUGUUUAAAGCUCUGCUCAAGUGCCUCAGUCUGACAAUUUGAUGGCUAUGGCAUAAUAUGCUCAGAUAAUUGGUAGAUAUUUACUUACAGAGCACAGUCACUCUGAGGCUGCUAGAACAUUAGAUUUUUUCCAUAAUGAUAUGCUUUGUACAGAUUAUUCUAUCCCUUGACAGGUCCAAAUGAGAGAAACAUGAAUAACAACCUCACAUAGCCCAAUACAUUAUAUUUCUGAAGAAGUCACUGUAUCUGUGAUUUGUUAGGUUUAGUAGCAUUUGAUUUGAUAAUGGAUGGGAAAAAAAUCGCAGAGUUGCACAAGUCCUCAAGAUUCUUGAAGCGGUGCUAUGUGGCACCAUUAUGGAAAAAUAUUAUCAUAUUAGUGUGGUGAAGAGCUCAGGCUCUUCAGUUUAAUAUAAUGAGAUGUUUCACCAGACAAUAGCCAAUGCAUCCUUCAGUUAAACAAGCAUUUAGUACAACAGAGAAACCUAACCGCCUAACGAAUGAAAAAUGAAAAAAAAUAUGAAAAAAGACAGUUGUUUUUGAAGGAUUUCCCAGGCCUAGACAGGCCCACGGUCAUUCUCUGCUCAUGAAAUUCCCACUAAAGAGUUGUUACUUGAUAAAACAACACACACCUAAACUAUUUUGAAGAUUUAUUUCACAAUAAAUCAGGGGGCAGUGUGGUGCUUGUGAGUGUGCCUGAAACGGCAUAUUUAAGGGUUUAGCUGCUUUGUUUGGAAACUCAUCUCAAAACUAAACACAUGGCAUUAGAUUUUUGUUAGAGUCGCACUGGGUUUAAAUCUCAUGCAAGAAAGAUUUAAGAUGCCCUUGGCUCCUCUUUUUGUUUGCCAUUUUGGCUCAGUGCCAUAUGGAGGUGUUCCAGAGUGAUGGCACUGGAACAGUUUUUUGCUUGCACGAAUACUAUCUGUGGACACUGUACACUCCGUCCCUAUAGAUCUGGUAUAUCUCUGAUUAACAUGUCAGAUGAAGAAUUCACUUCAUCUACAUGUUCUCCAUUGGAUGAAAGUAAAGAGAUAUAAUUAGAGAUAAGAUGAGAGAUAUACGGGUAGCUAAAUCUUGAGAUGUAACUUGACUUUGUCUUCUGUGUUCUUGAAUUGCCAAUGGUUUGGUUAACAUGUCCGUUAGCAAAUCUCUUUUUCUCUCAUAUCACUCGCGUUCUCUUUGAUCUCUUCUUACCUUUCUGUCUGUUUCCCUCUCACUCUCUCACUGUCUGCUCUCUUUCUUAAUUAACUGAAGUAGAAAUCCUGCACUCUGUGAAGUUUUCCCAGUUAACCAUGCUUUGUUUUUCUAGAAUCAUACUGAAGCCACCCCAUGGCAUGUCAUGACCAGACACUUCUGCAGUCGUGCACUAUUGACCAAUACACAGCCAGUGUAAAGGUCCCCUCAGAGUUCCACAGUUGAGAAUGAGGACCAAAUAUGCAAUAGUUUUCAUCUGUAUUGUGGCCCUGGUCAUCAUUGAAAAGGAGAGCAACAUCAUAUCAAGGGUUUCUGACAAGCUGAUCCAGAGACAGAUCCCACAGCAGACUCCACAGACUCCACUAGACUACAACACCUCCAUACCCGCUCCUCAAACACAAAAUGGCUCCCUGUCCAUACUUGGCAAGCUUCUCUCUACGCUUACCAACAUGAACUAUUCAGAUUCCACAGAUGAGCUGGAGGAGGAGGGAGACCUAAACUACAGUUACAACAGAGGCCGCAAGCACAUCCUGCUGCUGGCUACCACUCGCACAGGCUCCUCGUUCGUAGGGGAGUUCUUCAACCAGCAUGGCGAGAACAUGUUCUACCUGUUUGAGCCGCUGUGGCACGUGGAGCGCAUGCUGACGCUGGCCACUGGGGGCACCAAUGGGUCGGUGUCGGCACUGGCUUACAGAGAUGUCCUCCAGGGGCUGUUUCUGUGCAAUUUCACCCCCCUGGAAAAGUACAUCUACCCCCCACCCCAACAGCAUGUCACCCACGCUCUGUUCCGCAGGGAAUCCAGCCUGUCGCUCUGCGACGAACCCGUCUGUUCGCCGGUGGUCAGAGACGUUUUUGAGAGGUACCACUGCAAGACCCGUCGCUGUGGCCCUCUCAACCUGACCCUGGCCACUGAGUCCUGCCUCUCCAAGGAGCACCGCGCCAUCAAGACAGUGCGGGUCCGGCAGCUGGACACUCUUCAGCCACUGGUGGAAGAUCCCCGUCUGGACAUUAGGGUUAUCCAGCUGGUGAGGGACCCCCGCGCCAUCCUGGCUUCUCGUAUGGUGGCUUUCUCCUCCAAGUACCAGACCUGGAAGGCCUGGGCAGAUGACGGGGAGGUGCCCGAGGAUGACGAGGAAGUGAAACGACUGAAAGGAAACUGUGACAAUAUCAGGAUGUCGGCGGAAGUGGGGCUGAGUCGUCCCGGCUGGCUGAGGAGGAGGUACAUGUUGGUGCGAUAUGAGGACAUUGCCCGCUUCCCCAUGCAGAAAGCUGAGGAGAUGUACAGGUUCACAGGAAUACCGUUCAGUGCCCAGGCCAGGGAGUGGAUCCUGAGGAACACUCAGACCACCGAGGAGGCCAGCGGGGUGUACUCCACCCAGAAGAACUCCUCUGAGCAGGCAGAGAAGUGGAGGUUUAGCAUACCCUUCAACCUGGCACAGGUGGUGCAGAAGGUGUGUGGACCCACCAUGACACUGUUUGGGUACAGGUUUGUGGACAGCGAGAGGACACUGCUAAACAAGUCAAUCAGCUUACUCGAGGAGAAGGUGUUUCACUUCUAGUGGAUAUCAAGGUGUUUCAUUUCUAGUGGACAUAAAGGUAUUUCACUUCAAGUGGACCUUUAGCUGAAGCUUGAUGAAUAAUGACAGAGUGGUUUCUUUGAACUGACCAAAAGGGAAUUUUGCAAAGAUAAUAUUCUAUUUAAUCUUGUCAAAUGGGUUGCUACUGCCUUUCUGGUGAAGAGGAAAUAAUAUGUGCCAUAGGGUUCAUACAUGCCAGUGAUGUGCCUGUACUUUUAUAGUAUUGUUAAAGAGUUUUAAUGGAUAUCAAACAUAUCAUAUAAUUACAUAUUUAUUUGCUGGCAAAUUGUUUGAUAACAAUAAAUUAUACUUUUCAUAUGUUUAAAAGAAGCCUAGAUGGCUAGUAUAGUCUCCAUCCUUAGCUCUUCAAAUGAAAAUAUCAGGGCUAAAGUAAGAUUUCUGGAGGUUGGUGUGUGAUUUGCUGUUCAUGUGAUGACGUGUGUGUGGCUGCGUGAGCAUGUGUUUUUUGCAUAUGCAUCGGCUAGUCUGCUGAAUGAUCUCUAUGUUGUGUGUAGAUAGAUAUGCACUAUUUCUUGGAGCUGAUAGAAAGCACAGUGAAUUGACGUUUAGUUUAGACAAAUUCUCCUUGACAGGGCUUUACGUGUUUGACUCAGGUGAAGUUAACGUGAAAAUACUAAGGUGAUGUCUGAUGCCAUUGCAUAUCGUUGCUGUAUGUAAAGUGAUUCUUUGUCAAAAUGUACUCUUGUUGUCAUGACCUUAAUGAAAGGUACCCUACAGUACCUAACUUGUUCCAGUCCCAUGUAGCAUAGACAGGGAUAAAACAAGACCAUUACAUCAAUUAAAUUAAACAGUAAAUACAAUUUUCAACUGGUUUGCUUCAAGAGUGAUCUUGAUAUUUAAAGUGUGGUCCACAACACAGCUUUUUUACGUUUUGAUUAAAGAAUCAAAUGAAGAGAAACUAUUGCUAUGUUUUAGAGCUACUGGAAAGCUCUAUUUGGCAUUUACUCCAGAGAAUAAAAAAUCAAGUACAAUGGCUGCCUUAUCCGAGCUUGAACUAAAACGUCCAUAACUGGUCUUGCAAUAUGAUCGUAGUGAUGGGUUCAG